CAUUCUACACCCUCUCAAUUUUUAGUUUUCAUUUUUGUUCUUCAAAGUUUAAUUCUAUCAUUGUUUGUUCUGCAAGUCUCGAGCCUUGUUGCUCAAGAAUCUGUUCUGUUCCUUUGUCUUUGUUUCAUUGUUCCAACAAUUGGUUACAAUAUCAAACUAAAAGCUGCAAGAAUAAGCUACCAAAAAAAAAAAAAAAGGCUACAAGAAUAAUCGAAUAGUCCAAGCACUUGCAUUCAAGUUUUUGAUUGAUUAAAAUAUUAGUCUAUUAGAGUUCUUUUCCUUUCAAUCUUCUUUAGAGUUCCAAUAAUAUAGUUCUCAAGAUUCAUUAAUUUGUUCAUUUAUGGUAAGCUUGAUGUUGUAUAUUGAAGAGAUAAGUAAUAUAAGUACAUAAACCAGAAUCAUUUGAGAAAUUGUAGGUGUCUUUCUCAUACUGAAGUACAAAAUUUCUGUAACUGGCAAAACAUUGAUCCCAUAAAAUAUAAAGAAAUCAUCGAAGAUUCCAAAGGGCCUAAAACUCACAAACAGCUAAAUCUUGAAGCUGACACUAUAAAUACUUCCCUUAUAUAUCAGAAAUGUACAUCAGCAAACAUAAAAAAACAUCCUCUGCAAAGUAGUAAUCAAAUCCCAAAUCACUAGAAAUCAUGGGUGUUUUCACAUAUGAAUCUGAGGUUAUUACAGCAAUCCCACCAGCCAAGAUGUUUAAGGCUUGCAUCGUUGAUGGUGACACUCUCAUUCCCAAGAUUGUUCCUCAGGCUUUUAAGACCGUUGAGUACAUUGAAGGCAAUGGUGAGCCUGGUAGCAUCAAGAAGGUCACUUUUGGAGAAGGAAGCCAGUUCAAUUAUAUGAAGGAGAAAGUGGAAGCAUUAGACAAAGAUAAAUUAGUGUACAGGUACAGUGUGAUUGAAGGGGAUGCAUUGAUGAACAAACUGGAGAAAAUCACUUACGAAACCAAGUUGGAGGCAUCACCGGGUGGGGGAUCCAUUUGUAAGACCAGCAGUAAAUAUUACACCAUUGGUGACUUUGAGAUCACAGAAGAAGGAAUCAAGGCUGGCAAAGAAAAAGCCUUGCAAAUAUUCAAGGCUGUUGAAGCUUAUCUCCUGGCAAAUCCUGACCAAUGUUGAAAAUAUCCAAAUAUUUUGUUUGCAGCCGCUGCAAUCAGCAUAUUAAAUGUUUGAUUGCAUUUAUGCUUAAUUUUUCCCUUUUGUAUGUUUGUGUGUGUUUCACCUUUUAAAUUUGCUAUUGCUGGUCCAGGUGAUCUUUAGUUAGCUAAAUAACAGGUCAAUUUGUCAAGCUUAUGUUAUCAGUGUUUCCAGAAGUAAAUAAAGAAGCUUCAAAGAUAUUUGGAACAAACUGUAAUUGA